AUGAUUAGCAAAGAGAAUAUUCAGGAAAAUGUGUUGAAGAGCCAUCAAAAGCAUAGACAACUAUCUAUGAAAGAGUCAGAGAGCAUUUCUGUUGAGCUUUUAGAGUUAUUAUGUGAUUCAUGUUGCAAAGAUGAAGAUAGUUUGAAAUAUUUGAGUCGUCUCUUAACUCCAGAAUUAUAUAAUGAUUUGAUUGAUGAAAGAAAUCUGAACAAAAAAUGUGGAUAUCCUCUUUGUGAUAAAUCUCCAGAAAGAAUACGUGAUCCAUUUUCAAUCAAUUAUGUUACGAAGAAAUUUUUAUGGGAAAAUAAUCCCUAUGCAUAUUUGUCGACAUACUGUUCAAAAUUUCAUUUUAAAUGCUCACAAUUUUACAUGACACAAUUAUCUGAAGAUGCAUUAUUUGCAAGGACGGGAGUUCAUUUGUAUAGUCCCGUUACAAAACUUUCAUCAGAGGUAGGUGACUCUAAUAACUUGGAUGAUAAAUACACAGUUACGUUGUUUGAAGAGAUUGUAAGAAACAAAUCGUCAGAUGAGGACAUUAAGAAAUUGAUCUCUAAUUUGAAAAAAUUGGGUAUUCACAAUGCAGAUGAUUCACAGGAUGAAGUAGAAUCUGAUAUCUCAAAAUGGAUUUCUGAUAUUAAGAUAAUAGAAAAUAAUGAUCCUUCGGAACUAGGUGAUUUGAUUAAGGAAUAA